AUGGAACCUUUGGCUGGUAGACGCUCGCAUACUUUGCGUUCAACGCCCUUGGUGCCAGUCUCCAGCGAGUCGCUGUCCUUUUCCAUCAGCGCGAUCCUGGGCCUGGAAGAUAAUCGGAAAAAACAAGAUUUACCAAAGAACGAGAGAAACAUGCAGUCUUCCGAACUCCGCGUACAGAUUCCAAGUCCUCAACACAGCUACAGUGAUAUCAGCCCACAAUCAUCUCCUUGUUCAGAUGACAACACAAGCUCCCCCAGCAGUUGUAACAGCGAACCCGAUCAAGCAUCGCCUCGUGCCGAGCAGACAGCGAGGAAGAAACGAACGCGCACGACCUUCUCACCGAUUGAGGUGUGGGAGCUGGAACGAGCGUACAAAAGGCGGCCAUAUUUGACGAGGGAAGAUGAGGAGGACCUGGUGCAGAAACUCGGGAUACCGCCCAGAAGCUUGAAGUACUGGUUUCAGAAUCGCCGCGCAAAGUCGAGAAAGGACGAAGCACAUUCAGCAUCCAUCCGCCAGACCAACCUGUCAAGCCAGUUUGGGCCGCCUGUAAGCAGACCUCGUAUGGACACUUGGCAACCACGGCGACCGCAGUUCCCUGUCAGUCACGCUAGACGCGAGUUCCUAACAGUGCAGUCAAACCGGUCAGACCAGCUAUACCAGACAUCUCCCGCGAUAGUCAACCAUUCCUCUGCAUUCAAGUCAACACAGUUUAGCCGCUGUCGUUCUUUCCAGUUACCCAUGUUUUACCCGGACCAGUUCGAGUACCGACCUGUUGCUAAGGCGGCAAAAUUACCGCUUAGGCAAGUAUUCCAUAGAUACAAGCCGUAUUAA